AUGCCGCUGCCUAGAAAACAUCUACACCAUCAUCACCACCAUCAACAACAACUACAUUCAAAACGUUCAAAUGCUUCACUCUCUUCGAAAAAAUCUUCUCAAUCACAAUCAGGAUCUCAACCUAAUAACCAACAAUCAUCAUCAUCAUCUUCUUCUUCUUCUUCAACUGCACACAAUACAUCCUCACAAUCGUCCUCUUCUUCUUCUCACAAUACAUCAUACUCUUCCCAAUCUCUUGCCCGUUUAAAUGUCGCUACCCUUCUCUACCUAUGGAUCAACCAACUUUACCUUCUCGGGAAACUUAUCCUAAUGCUUUUCGUUUCAAUCUUCUGUUCAAUCUACCCAAAAAUUAUAGCCGCUUUCUCUGCAACCGCAGAUUUCCUUUGCAUCCCAGCCAUUAUUGAAUAUCUCCAAAUCUUCCUCUCUCCAGAUUAUUAUUCAGGUUUAGACCCUUCCUCAGCUUCUCCCUUUUCAUCUUUAAUCCCUAAAUCUCUUUCAACUCCAGCUUCUCCAAGACUUUAUUCAAGCCCACCACCUUAUGAUUACAACUCACCACUUUCAGAAGAAAUUGAAAUCUCUUUGGCUGUCUUGGAUUCAGAUUCCUCUGGCCCAUGUAGCUCCUUCGUGAUACCUCCAACUGAUGACCCCAUCGAUUUUGAUGAUACAUUGCCAGAUUACUCAACUAUCGUCUCAAGCAUAAUACCUACUAAGAAUUUUUUUAAAUCUGACCUUGACUCUCAACAACAACAACAAAAACAAAAACAAAAACAACUUGAAAAUGAUUCUGACAAUGAUACUGAAAAUGAUUCUGGAAAAGAAGAAGAAGAAGAAGAAGAAGAAGUUAAUAAAGAUACUGAAGAUACUGAAGAAAAUACAGAAGAUAUUGCAGAAGAAGAUGAAGAUGAUACUGAAGAUCAAACCAUCCAUGUUCCCAUCACUAAUACUAAACAACUACUAGUAUCUACUUUAAAAUCCUCAUCAUCAUCUUCUUCUUCAUCUUCAUCUUCUUCCUCUUCUUCUUCAUCAUCUCCUCUCAACAAUUUAAAAGUCUCGUCUUUACAAACUUCUUCUCACAAAUCUUCAAUCAAACAAUCGUUGCAUUCCACCCAAUCUGUAAUUACCCCAGUCUCUAAAUAUCUCGACAAAAAGGACAAAAAGGACCAAAAGGACCAAAAGGACCAAAAGGAUCAUUCAGAACCUAUCUCGGCUUCUUCUUCUACAGCUUCAACUUCAACUUCAAUUUCAAUCACAUCAUCCAUCUCUUCUUCUUCUUCUUCUUCUUCUUCUUCCUCGUCGUCUACUUUUAAAUAUCCUCCAUUAGGCCCAGCUAUCAACCAAUCUCUCACAAGAAAAGCCUCCCAGGAUUCAGUCACUUCAGCCCCUUCAAAACAUCGCAAAUCUGGCUCUGCAUCUCGACGUAAAAAGAAUUCUUCUUCUUCUACGUCUACGUCUACGUCUACGUCCACAUCUAUUUCUACUUCUUCCUCUUCCUCUUCUGCUUCUAAUCAACAAGGCUCUAAAUUUCAACCUACCUCUUCUCAACCUUUAAAACAAAAACAACAAAACUCAACCCCUGCCUUGCCUUCUGCUUCUGUUUCUUCUUCUGUUUCUUCUUCUGCUUUAAAAUCAAUAAAUCAAAUUCCACUAUCUCCCAAACAACUGAAUGGCCGUUCAUCUCAAAGAUCACAAAAAUUUCAACAUCAACAAAAACAAACAAAGCCAAAACCUUCGGCUCACUACCGAAGUCUAUCAAGCAUUGAAACUCCAGCACCUAGUGCAUGGGGUGUCAAAAACCUCACCCUUCUUUCAGAUCAUCAAUCUCCAUCCCCUUCUUCCCCUUCUUCCUCUUCUUCCUCUUCUUCUGGCUCAUCAACUGCUUCUUCUGUUGUCUCUCCAUCAUCCUCUUCAUCUACUCCAAAAUCACUUAUUUCUCCGAAAAGACCAACCCAUCGAGUAGCUGCCAGCCUCGACUCUCAUCUUCCUUCUUUCGAUUCAAUUGACCAUUCAGAUCCCACCGGUAUUGUUAACGCUGUUCUUGCAAAUUUCAACUCUUCCUCAUCUUCAUCUUCUUCAAAUGUCGCCUCCCCUGAUAGACCAUCUUUCUCAGGCCCUUCCCAUGCUUCUUCUGUAAUGACUCUCUAUUCUGAUGUCUGGGGUAGCUCGCACUCUCCGCUGACGCGCUCCGCUUCUCUUAACAGACAUUAUCGUUCUACAGCUUUUGGUCCAGACGAAUGGGCUGCUGCUCCUCACCAAGGUCUCGGCCCUAUCCCUACACCGAUCUCUCCUCAAGGCCAUAUCUAUUCAUCAAAUGGCUCCAAUAAUAAUGCCAUUUCAUCGUCUUCAUCUUCUUCUUUUUCGGUAUUACCUCCUCUUUCACCAUUACCACCACUACCUGCUUAUCCCUAUUCUUCAAACUCAUCUGUCCCCCCAUCUUCUUCACCUUUACACUCCCAUACACCACUGCAACUACAACAACAGCAACAGCAACCUUCCUCUUUCUCUCCAUUUCAGUCUCAUUCGCUUACUGCAAGCCCGCAACUCCCACCCCAACAGCUUCUUUCUGCCUCGUCACCUACUCUUAUAAAUGGUACUAUUACGGUUCCGGCUUCCAGUGGCGCAAUUCCAGUGGGCCCCCACCAACUCUACCCCUUUACACGCUCGUCACCUGCCAUGGGAGGUUCCACCUCACUAGCCCCGUCGUCGUCGUCGUCGUCAUCAUCAUCAUCAUCCUCCUUCUCCUCCUCUUCAACAUUACCAUACCCCCCGGGACCGGCUGCACGGCUAAGCAGUCCGCCAUCAUCACCAUUCUUUAGCAGUUCCUCUUCAUCUUCAUCUUCCUCUGCGGCCGCAGCUGUUGCUUCCAUUUCUGGGACGGGCCAAAGCGCCUUUUUCCCCGACCGCACGUCUACCCCGUCACCUGUGGUUCCUUGUUCUCCACUUUCAAUUGCAAUGCCUGCUUCUCUCCAUACUCCAUCCACACUUUCUUCGUCUCCUCCCAUUGGUCUUACUCAUAUGGCGACUUUUGCGGCAGCUGCAAAUAAUAGUACAAGCCAUGGAACAAUUAAUACUAAUGGUAACAAUAAUGCCCAUACAAAUGGUUCUACUCACGGGAACGGAUCGGGAAUUGGUAACGGAUCGACUACUACGCCACACCCGGUUUUCCUAAAACGAUCGGCUACAAAGGCUCAACAUGCUCAACAAUUAUUGUGCGCAAUUGCAGGUACAGACAAGGAGGACAAGAUUAAUAUUAACUUGGAUAUUAAAAUUAACAUUGAUAAGCCUAAACCUAUUGAUACCUCCUUGUCGUCAUCGUCAUCGUCAUCUUCUUCAUCAAAGUCGUCUUCAUCUUCUUCAUCUUUGAAGACUACCACUACCACUACAACAACAACAACCACUACAACCACUACAACUACAACCACUUUGACAGACACCGUAGAUGGCCCUGAUAAUGAAGGAAGUGCAAGUAAUGGGCUUGUUGAAGAUGAUCACGCGUCGGCUGCUCGCCAGACUUCUUCGUCGCUCACGUGGUCCAUUCCUACUCAUUUACACAUGUAA